GUGCGGGAACAAUGAAUGCUGCCAGACUCGCCGUGUGCGGAGAGCGAGGAGCGAUUCACUGAGGACAAUGGAUCUUGGCUCCUACAGCACUCACUAUUUCUAUGAUGUGGACCUGAAGGAGGACUUUUACAGAUGCAUUGCUCCCAGUGAGGACAUCUGGAAGAAGUUUGAGCUUUUGCCUAGUUGCUCGCCGUCUGCUGGAGGAUGCAUGGGUGGAAUUGGUACAGACUUCGGAGCAGACCUUAUGGAUUUGGGAUUGGAAUCUCCUGUGAAACUGUCUGGCCUCAGCUCUGUAGUCCUCCUAAGAGACUGUAUGUGGAGUGGAUUCUCUACUCGGGAGCGCCUGGAAAAGGUAAUAAAUGAGAGGCUAUCAACUGGAAAUGCAUGGACUGCUUGUGGUUCCAAACAAGUUCCAGAUAUUGAACCACUGGAGACUGGAUUUGAUGCACUGGAACAGGCCACAGCACCACCACAGCCUCUUGUACCUACACCAGUUCCGGAAAAAGUCCAAAAUUCUUCUGGGUCAGAAAGUACCAGUGACUCUGAUGACGAUGAGAUUGAUGUAGUAACUGUGGAGAAGAGGAAAUCCUAUGGUGGAAGGCAGCCAGUGACUAUCACUGUGCGAGCAGAUCCACUGGACACGACAACAAAACUUUUCCAUAUUUCCAUCCAUCAGCAGCAGCACAACUAUGCUGCCCGUCCUCCUGAGCAAAGUCCAGUGUCUCCUCCACACAGCCCUAUUAAAGAAGAGCCUGGUGAGGUGAGCUGCUUCUCUGUUCAGCCCUGCAGUCCACCUACACCCUUCUCUCCUGCUUCUGGAAGUUCUGAUGGUGAGGAUAUCGCAAAACGAAAGAAUCACAACUAUAUGGAACGCAAAAGGCGGAAUGAUCUACGUUCUCGUUUUGCAGAACUGAGAGAAGAGGUGCCAGGCCUGUCUCGCUCAUCCAAAAGCUCCAAAGUAGUGGUUCUUGGUAAGGCUACUGAAUAUCUGAAAGGUCUGAUCACUGAGGAGCAAAGACUUGUGAAUGAAAAGGCGAGACUCCGAGCUCGACACAAAACGCUCAUGUGUAGGCUGGCAAAACUGAAAGGACGCUAAAGGACACUGGGCAGACUUACUGCCUUGCACAUUUGCACACUUUAUUUUUUGGUAUGGGGAAGGAUAAAUAUGUAUUGUAUGCACAUGUGAGACUACUUUAAAGACUGUUUAUCUUGUAGAGCACACAGGAAGUGGGGCUGUGUCCUACUUCAGGUGAUUUAUGAAUUCAUGGUUCCACAGAUUGCUUCUCCACAUUCAUGGCAUAGUCUGGAUCUUUGGUAUUUAGUACUUUAAUAUGUUUGACUUGCACAGUAUGGUUGUAGAAUGCUUAGAUGGAUUUAGUUAGCUGACUUCCUACUGCCCAGACAAAAUAACCACUACAUUGCCCUGGUGCAGAAAUGAAGUUUUGAAAUAUUUAAGUUAAUUAUUGUAACUAGUAUAGUCAAAUGACUGUUCUAUAGAUGUCUACCUGUUAAACUACCUUUCCUUAGCUCCUACUGGAAAAGGAUUACGGAAUUGCACAUAGUUAACAUUUAACCUGGAAUGAAUGCAAUAAUUGAUUAUUUCCCACCUAGACUUCAACUGAGUGUCAACGCAAACUUAAUUUUUCCUAAAAUGCUUAGUUGCCAGUUUCAUGCCUGCCUUGUAUCAAGGAGAUAAGGUUUUAAGAUAGAUCUGGUCUAGAAUACUGUUUUGUGGGAGGGUCUUGUGUGAACAGCUCAAUCUAUACCUCACUCUUGUCACUUUACACUUUUUGUUUUGAUUUUUUUUUUUUUUUUUCCUCGUUUCUGAUCCUGCUGCUGACUGCUGGAAUUUUGUACCGAACAAAGUUUAUACUGUAUUUUUGUAUCCUUUUGGUAAAUUGAAACUGAUUAA